AUUUAGUAUACACUCAACACGCGAACGUAAAUAACAUAGUGCGGCAUGUGAGAAGAAGAAACCAGUAUUUAUCAAAAUUAAGGUGACUUUCUUGCGCGUUUUUGAAUUUUAAACUGGACUUUGAUAAAUUACCAUAGGUAGCUGUUUCGUUAGUUCGGAGUAAAAUCAAUACGAUUAAUCAAUCAAGUCAAUACGAUUCAUAAAACCGGGUUAAUAAGUAGAAACUGUUUGGAAUAUCCAGGUUUACGAUAAACCAACAUUUUAUCGCAAAUUGAAGCUGGUUUAAGAUACAGACAGAAUGCGGCGAAUAAUCAUAUUGCUACUGAUAUUAUGCAGUGCUAAAUGCCAAGAAAGUGCCCAAUAUCUUCAAAAUGCUGUAAGAGAUCUGAGAAGACUGAACUAUAGGCAAACUUUAAGAAGGGCAGACACAUUAUUGGCCAAAAAAUCAGUUCAAGACACUCCAAUGCCAAUAUUACCUUCCGAUAUUCCCAGAACGGAACAUAUUGAAAGAAGAGCACAGCACGGACCACCAGAGGUAGUGCCAACUUUGGGAUUAACCAAAGGGGAACUAGCAGCUCUCUACGAGAAUGCAAUAGCAAAGGGUGAAACAUUGAAGUUGGAUACUGGAGAAAAUAGUUAUAUACAUGCAGCAGUGCACGAACUGGACGGCAACGAUGCAUAUCCACCUCAUCACGAUGAAGUUAAUCAUGUAGAUCACUUACCUGCGGAAGACUCUAAAAAUGAAGAUGGAUAUUACUAUUACUAUUACCCAAUCAAGAGUUUUAUUGAUCAUAUUUCUGGUUCCACUUCUGUACACGAAACUAAAAAGCCAUGGACACCUGCUUGGACAACAACUCACUCUCCGCCUUAUCAGUACCAUUCACACCAUCAUGAGGUUACAAUUAGAAAAGAAAGAGAUAAAAUGGAGGAAAAGAAUAAAAAAGGUUUAUUGGAACCGAUAUUCAUGGCUGUUAGUGGCUUUGUCGGGAUGGCAGUUAUGUUUGUUAUUUCCAUGAUCAUUAUACCGAAGCUUGGAUCUAAGCCAAAGAAGUCAUUAUUCUUUAAGAAUCCCAAGGAUAUUGAUAUGGACGAGUUAGCAAGACUAGCACUUAACGCGAUAGACAGAAAAGACUGCAGAGACCGAUUUGCUUGCGAGUUGGUGAAAAUAACCGUUGGAAGAAAUUUCAAUUUCGAAGACAACCGGUUUGUAAAGUUAUUAAAACGAAUAGCACCCGGUGCGUUUGGCCAAAUAGAUAGGAUAGGAAGGUACGGUGAUAGACAAUUACAGUGUACGCUCAUCCCUUGCACAAGAAAUAUGAAUAUAAAAAUCCAAAAAGUCAUCACAAAGAAACCUCCUACGAAAAAGAAGAAUGUUGCUCAAAAGAAACACUAGAUGCCACCAAAGCUGUAGAAUUUAGAAAUAAGUAUUUAUUAUUGUAUUUAUUUAUUUAUUUUAUUUAUUGUAUUAGUCUUAAGUUUCAUAAAUCAACAUUAAGAAUGCAGACUAUUGCAUUUAGUGUAACGGGGAACUUUAUUCGGUAUUAAUGCACUGAGAUACUAGGACAUCCUAGUACAAUCCUGUACAAUUAUGAGUAGUUUCAAUGGCAGCUAAUCUGGAAAGCUCAACGUAGAUGGCGCUAGUGUAGUUGGAGGUCACGUCAACUCUGCAAAUCUAUAUAUUUCUAAGAAAGAUUGCAUUUAUUUCGCUUUGUGAAAUUAAUUUUAGAAAAUAAGAUGCCUCAGUGUUGUCAUGUACCUUUGUGCUCAUCUAGACUAGAACAUCAGGACAAAGGUUUCCCAAAGACAAUCUGAUGAGAAAAAAGUGGAUUGUAGUAAUAAGAGAUAAAUAUGUGCCGACAACAAAUGCACGUAUCUGCAAUAAACAUUUUGUUGAAACAGAUUACGUAUUGCCCCUGAAUUCGACUGCAAAAACAUAAAUAGGUACUAUUUAUUUGUCUUUUAUUUUUUUUACAUUAUACAUAUUAAGAUUAUCUAAAUUGUUUAUAAAUGGUAUUUUUCAGCAAAGGCUGGAACCAUAUAUUUGUCAAAAAACUCUUUGGCUUUCGGGAUUAUUUAAUUAUGAAUUAAAUCAUUAUUUCUACUUAUAUAAAUAAAUCUCAUAUCUUUUGUUGUCCAGAUGACAAAAUCACAGAACUCACGACUAGUGACUAACAUCUGAGUUUGUAUCUACUUGAUAAUAGCAAUAAUAGUAAUUUGAAUUAGAUUUCAAACAUAACUAUUCAUUUUUCAUUUCUAAGUAUGGUAAACUGUCCGAAGUAAUCACUGAAUUUGUUAUUGACUAGGAACACUUAACUUCUAGCAUAUGUAGUUACUGAUCCCACAAGUCCUUCAGGAGAAGCAGCUCAAGGGAUGGUCCAAUGAAAUGAAAAGUCCACAAAUAAUGACAUGGUUAGUAUUUGCCUCCUCGUAGGCACGGAUAGCCAUUUUUCAUAUUUCUUACCCCAACCUGUUGCGCUAGAGCUUAAAGAUUUUGGUUCAAUAGUAAAUUUACAAAAGAUUUUAUAUUUUUCCUAUCUGUCAUGUGAAUAACUUUUUUCCAGUAAUUCUCGCAUUUCUUCUCAAUUCGCUUUUCAACUCAAAAUCAGUUUAAGAUCCGUAUUUUCUGCCAUAAUUUAUUAAAUCGCAAUAGUCUAAAUAAAAAUACCAUAUAAGCUUAAAGAACUGUCAAAAUGUGUUGACCCCCAACUACACUAGCGCUGUCAAGCGGGAGCAACGGCGUACAUAGCUGCCAUUUUCAAUGGAUAUUUUAAGGUGGGUCCAGACAUGCUCCGAAUGCCGUAUCGAACUUCGUCGCGAACAUCAAAGCGAUCAACAGAGGUUCGCGACGUUGUUGCACGGGUUCUUGAAAUAAACAUCGAACCGAACUUCGUUCUGUACUUCCUAGCAAAUAUUUUGACGUUCCAUCAGUAAUUGCUUUAAAACUGUAUCUGAAAGAUGGACGUUGCAGCAGCAGCAAAUAUAUUAUGCAUUAUUAUACACUUAUUUAUGCCCCAGAUUUGACUACCCAAAAAAAAUAAAAAUCUGUGUACUGACAGUUAAAUGUCGAUGGCCAACUGCUCUCCACGAGCCGUUAAUAAACGCUAUGAAUUCCACGAUUUUAUUGGUUAGAACUACCCACGUGAUAUCUGUGUUCGUAUUAGUCAGAGAAUUAAGCAAUAAAGACAAAUGACAAUCAGCUGUUAGACAGACAUCAUUAUGUGAUGGAAUUUUUAUUUUGAUGUAAAUAAAUAUUAUUACUGAUAAUUUGUAUAAGCAAAAUUAUUGUACUGCAACUACAGUGACUCACAGCCUCAAUUCUGAAAUAAUACAUUCGCUACUCAAUAAAACUAUAGUAUUUUUACUACAAAAACGUUAUUACGUAGGUCAAAAUUUUUGACGUAAGAGAACUGUCAAAACAUUAGAAUGUGACUUUUCAUUAUUGCCGUGUUUAUAAUAAACAUAGCAAUAAUGAAAAGUCACAUUCUAAUGUUUUGACAGUUCUCUUACGUCAAAAAUUUUGACCUACGUAAUAACGUUUUUGUAGUAAAAAUACUAUAGCUUGUGAUACAGUCGCUACUCAAUAUUAGAAAAAAAUUACAUACUGAAAGCAAGUUACUAGCAAAAGUAAGUCCUCUAAAAUAGCAUAAGCUAUGUUUUGGGUUUCAAAUAUACCAUACUUAAAUAACAAUAAUACUUUAAUUAUUUUGUGUAUGAUUUUGAUAUCAGCUAAAAUGAUGUAAACUUUUAAAGGAGAAUAUAAAUAAAGAAUCCCUCUAAUUGUUUCAGGGUUACAUCUUUCUCCAAACUGUCUUUCCGCCUCAUCUCUCAAUUUUGCUGCACUUUUUUGCGAUUAUUUGCUAUUUCUCUGACAAUACAUCUUAGCUAUUAGGACUUUGGAGACGGCUGCUCUGAAAAGUUCGUUUGAUGUACAUCUGUACCAUUCUCUCAGGUUGCACAGCCACGAUAUUCUGCGUCUCCCUAUGCUUCUCUUUCCUUGAAUCUUUCCCUGCAUAAUGAGUUGGAGCAAGUUGUUUUGGCCCAUACAUGGUAACAUUUUUCAUACGAAUUUCUAGUUACAUACAACCUAUCUUUUCAUGUCGUAAGGCCAAACCCAGUUAUACCAGGAAAUUGGCUCAGGCCAUAGCAUUAUUCUCUACAUAUAAAAACUUAAGAAAGUGUGUCCUUUUAGGUCACCCAACAGAUCGAACACAACAAGCCAUGUGUAUCUUUUUCGGUACACAGCGUUGAGGACAGUGUAUAUCUAAAAGGAUACACUGGCGCUGAGGGUGUUAUUUAUUGCAUAUUUGAAACCCAAAACAUAGCUUAUGCUAUUUUAGAAGACUCAUACUAACUUACCUACUUUCAGUAUGUAAGAUUUUUCUAAUAAAUAUUGAGCCACUUACACAAGCUAGCUUCAUUGAGUAGUGACUACAUCAUUUAAGCUGUGUUUCAUUGAUCACUCCCUGCUUUGCUUUCUUCAGCGUGCACACUGAUUUUUGUACAGCAGCUUUUGUGGCCUAUAGUUACUCUUGUUUGUUUUCUACAUUUUUCCUAAUCAGGACUUGAUUUCUUUUUGGUUUGUUAUUGUCUCCCUUCUACAAUAAAGAGAGAGUUUGGGGCUUAUUAUUCGUUAAAGUGUUGGAAUGCUUGUGGGUUUUGAUAUAUGUACCUACUACCACAACUCUCAAUACAAAAUCUGAUCAAACUAAAUUGAUAGUGUGACCACUAGAUUUUUAUAAUUUGAACAAACUGCAGUUUGUUUGUGCAGUUUCAUGCAAACUCAGGAAGUGACGUCACUUCCUGAGUUUGCUCAAACUGUUUGAUCAAAUUAUUUGAUAGUGAAACCAAGACUUUAAGGAUUUAAGUAACAUCAAUGUAAUUUGCAAUAAAAAAGAUUAUGAAGAUUUGACAAUGCUUGUAAAUAAAUACAUACACCCGAUUUAGAUAAUUUAAGUGACAGCAAUGUUUAGAUUGUUUUGUCAAAUAUACUUACAUGCAACAAAAAAUUUAAUCAAAAUUUGCAUAAAAAAAAUUAAAAAAAAAUGCUUAUUGUAGUAUGCGUUAUGAUGGACAGUUUGACACGUCUAAGAUAAUUUGUAAACAAAUGUGGGUUGGACGGUUGUUGCAAAACACCAUCCAUAUACUUGCGGAUUUUCUUACUAUCCAUCAUCGUUGAAAAAGUGUUUUCAUACAAAAUAUUACUUCUCUAGUUCCAAUGCAUCUCCUAAACCCAAACUGCUUUUAACUAAUAAUUUCCUAUACCUACUUAUAUUUUAAUCCUGUUUAGAAGGAAUAUUUUAACGGUAUGGCACAUCAAACUAAUAGUCUAUAAUCGCUACAUUUCUUGACAUUUGGUUUCUUAGGGAGAGGGAUAAAGAUCGAUAACCAGUCUAAUGUAACUGUGUCUAACCAGUCUAAUUACAGUGAGAUCUUUUGUAUUGUCAUUUGAGAGUAAUUCCUGCCAUUCACUGUAAUUGGUCUACUGGCUUUAUUGUUUUUGGAUUGGUGUACGGUGUUUUCCACUUCAGUGUUUACGAUCGAUUGUCCUGUAUUUAAGUUAGAUAAUGAUUCUCUAUCUUCCUUUUUAAUAGAAUAAGACUUGUAUCUAUAACUAUUUGGUUUCACUGAUGUUUCUUCCUAAUUAAAUUAUGCUUUCGCUUAUACUCUGAAUUUCGAUCAUUUCGAUGACAUAUUUCAUGUGUCAUUCAAGCUUGUUUUUAUAUGCAGAGUCACUGUUGCAAUUUGCGUCCCUAUAUUGAUGACACACACCACUCUUUAUGCUUUCUUCACACUUUUCUUCGACUGUUAGUACAUUGUAUACCUACUAUUGUGUGACAAAUAGUGUAAAAAAUAUUUAUUCUGUUUAUCCAAAAAUAAUUUGAAAAAAAUAUACAAUACUUAAAAUUGUUUACAUUGUAUUAUUGUCAAUUUAGUUCUAAUCAAGAAAAUAAGUACCUAAUAUGAUUUUCUUAGGAAAAUGUUACUGUAUGCAGUUGUGUACCUCAUGCAUUAAAUAUCUCCAGUUCCCUUAGUUAGAUAAUUAUAUCAUGGUUGGAUGAAAUUGUAAUACACUUUUAUAAACUUGUCGCUGAACUGUAUUAGGUCUAUUCUUGAAUAAAUAUGGUUGCCAUUUCUAAAA